AUGGAAAAAUAUCAACCUCAAUUAUAUGUAACAAGUAUUUUGAAUCAGACUAUUAUUAGAAAAUUAAUUCCAUCAUCCAAUGCAUCUAUUGAAACUACUAUGAAUACAUCAGAAUUACAAAAUGUUAAAUGUUCAAUUAAUAAUAAUACAUCAUUGAUACCUGAUUAUAAAUUAACCCUAUCAAAUGAUUGGUCAUAUUUUUUAAAAAUCAAUCUUGAAAAUUAUAUUGAUAAAGCAUAUUUAUUUAAUAUAACUUUAAUACCACAAUUUAAAUUACAUGGUAACAUAAAAUCAAUAAAACAUUUACAUAAUUGUUAUGAACCAUAUUCUAUAAAUCAAUUACAAUUAAUUGGUCAAUAUUAUAAUUUAAAUUAUAUUGAUAAUAAUAAAUUAAAUGUUAAUUAUAUAAAAGAAUAUUCUAUCAGAAAUAUACCUAAUCAAAAAGAUUGUGAAAAAUUAUGUUGGGCAAUUCGACAACCAUAUUUAUAUAAAAAUGGUGGAUUAUGGUUAUGGAAUAAAAAGUAUAGAAUACUUUACGCUGAUUGCAAUCAAACUUUAAUGGCCAUCGAACAAAGUGACGUAAAUGAAAUCAAUUUGAAAACUUUCACAGUAACGCGCCUACAAAGACCAAGUGAAGAUUAUUUGAGAUCUGAAGAAGGAUUACAUUUUGUUAUGUUAAUUGGGUUUCAUAGACAGGAUCGAGAACAAGCCAAAUGUAAUGCUGCCAUAAUGGGUAUGAUGGAUUUAUUAAGGAAAAAAUUGACACCAUAUAGCAUGUAG